AUGUCCCACAACAUCCUCAUCACCGGAGCCUCCGGCUACCUAGGAGGCACCCUCCUAGCACGGACCAAGAAAUCCGAGUACGGAAACUAUGGUGCGGAGCCCAUUGUCCUCAAGGUCGACGAUCAUGAAACCGUCACCCAGACUAUCAUUUACAGAGAAAUCACCAUUGUCUACUACCUCAUCGACGCCUACACUGCAAAGCACCAGCCCGCAUUCAUUAGAGGCUUAGGAGAGAUCAGGAAGAAAACAGGCAAAGACGUGCACUUUCUGCACACGACUAUGUAUUUCCCUCGUACUAGCAACCACUCGAAUGUGUAUAAUCCAACAGUGAAAAUUCAGAUCUGGCCCGUCUGCCACAUCUCGGAUACAGCAGAGUUGUACCUACACAUUCUUCGGAAGAUACUUCUGGGAGAAGAAAUCGGUGACGGCAAGCAUGGCUUCUUCCUUGCUGCUUCGGGUAGUGUUCCCUGGAACAAAGUCUACUGUGCCAUGGCCAAGGCGCUUGCGAAACGUGGCUUGGUUGACGAUGAGGAUGUUGUGCAGGCUGAUGAUCAAGUGCUGGAAAAGAUGGGUGAGGCGCUUGGUGUCGCGCCAGAUGAGGUUCAAGUGCUUCUUGGAGGGAGGUGUAUGUUUACGGCCGAGCAUGGGAGGAGGAUUGGCUGGGAGCCAAUGUAUCCACCUCAACAUAUACUUGAUGUGGCGGACGAUGAAGUUGCCCUUAUCAUGAAGGGACUGGAGCGGGGCAAUAAGCGGCCGGAUAUCAGGUAG